UGGAUGCGUUAAUGCUCAGUCAUUCUUAAUGGAGGCUUGGAAAAAUGAUAUACUUGAUGUUAUUUUCAUUUGCUGGGAUCAUCAGGAAAAAAAUUCUAAAUUAUAUUCUUUUAAUCCGUUCACUAAUUUUGCACCAAGAUCCUGGAAAAAAAUUUCAGUGGUACCAGCAAUCAAUAAUCAUUCUUGGACAUUGUUCGGAAAAAACUACAAUACGAAGUAAGAAGACGUCAUAUUGCAUACAUGUACUCCAAAAUAAGUGUACAAUGGACAAUGAAAGCAAAGAAAAACUGUGCAGUUUAUCCCUGAGUUUAUUGCAACGAAAAUUAGAAUGCCGUGCGUUUGAUAUAACAUCAAUUGAUAAUUCUUUUUUACUUCCUAUAUUGGACACAAUUACGACAUAUGCUGUAGUUAUAAUUCAAUUUAGAGAAGAUUUAGUAUAAUACUAAAAAUAUAUAAACGAAUUUUCAAAUAUAUAUAUAUAUAUAUACAUACUGCUCAGUAAUAG